UUCAGAUGAUUCACUCUGCAACUGACGGUAUGGGACAGGGUGGGGACAAGAAGCCGAUGGCAAGGUCUGUGGGAUAAACAGAGCGCGGAGCUACGAAUGUGCAUAACAGCCACAACCUGCAAGAGAAGACGGAGGGAGAGCUGGGUCUGAGAAAUGUCAAGAAUGGUUUGCCUAUGCUGUUAGGAUGACUCUGGACACUCACCUGGUUGUCCACGUGGCUGAUUUUAGGCACCUUUUUGUCUUAAAAUUAAACCGCAUGGAGGGGGAAUCAUGAAUUUAGAGCACGGAUCUUAACACCUGCUCUAUCGUGGCCAAUUUCUUGUGAUUCUACUUGUUUUCAGAGGUCUCUCUUGACACUAUCUCCGCCUCUCUUGGAUUGUCUCUGAAUGAUGUACCUUCCAUGGAGCGGGGCAACGGGACCCUGGUGACAGAGUUCGUCUUCCUUGGCUUCUCUUCUCUGGCCGGGCUGCAGCGGCUGCUCUUUGUUGCCUUCCUGCCCCUCUACCUGUUCACUCUGGGCACCAAUGCCAUCAUCGUUUCCACCAUCGUGCUAGACAGAGCCCUUCACACCCCCAUGUACUUCUUCCUCGCUGUCCUCUCCUGCUCUGAGACCUGCUACACCUUCGUCAUCGUACCCAAGAUGCUGGUUGACCUCCUGGCCCAGAAGAAGACCAUCUCCUUCCUGGGCUGUGCCAUCCAGAUGUUCACCUUCCUCUUCCUCGGCUGCUCUCACUCCUUCCUGCUGGCGGCCAUGGGGUAUGACCGCUACGUGGCCAUCUGUAACCCUCUGCGCUACACGGUGCUCAUGGGACGCGGGGUGUGUGUGGGACUCGUGGCUGCUGCCUGUGCCUGUGGCUUUACUAUUGCACAGAUUAUCACCUCCGUGGUAUUCCACCUGCCCUUCCGUGCCUCCAACCAACUCCAUCAUUUCUUCUGUGACAUCGCCCCUGUCCUCGCGGUGGCAUCUCAUCAUACCUACCUGAGUCAGAUUGUCAUCGUCAUGCUCUGUGCACUGGUCCUGGUUAUCCCCUUGUCACUGAUUUUGGUGUCCUAUAGUCACAUCAUCUCUGCCAUACUCCAGUUUCCUUCCACAUUGGGCGGGUACAAAGCCUUCUCCACCUGUGCGUCCCACCUCAUUGUUGUCACCAUCCAUUAUGGCUGUGCCUCUUUUAUCUACUUACGGCUCAAGUCCAACUACUCUUCAGGCCGAGAUGCACUCAUAUCAGUCUCCUACACCAUCCUGACUCCCUUGUUCAAUCCGCUGAUUUACAGCUUGAGAAAUAAGGAGUUCAAGUCAGCUCUUCGCAGAGCUGCGGGAAAAACCAUUUCCCUGCCACGAUGUUAA